UUUGAGGACAAUCCACAUGAUACCUCUAAACUUAAUGUUUUAGAGGCUAUAAAUUCAUUAAAAUUUAAUGAAGAAGAAAUAGAGCAAGAAAGUGAGAAUGAAUUAGUUGCUGACAUAGAGAGAGAUGUUGUGGCCUUAAGUUCAGAGGAAAACAAUGAUGAAAAUCUGAAUGAGGAAGAAGAUAGUGAUGAAGAAAGUGAGUUACCUGCUAUUCCUAUUAAGGAAGGGUUAGAAGCUUUAGAAAAAGCACUCUAG